AUGUACACCCCAUCGCGUGCCUCCCUCACCGGCACGCACGAAGCCCUGCUUCUCCCGCGCGGCCCCCAGGUUGGCGAUGAACGUGCUCGUCACGCAAGUGUCGUAUCGUUCCUCGCUGGUAUCCUGAUUGCAGGAGUGCUUUAUGGUCUCGUGAUCUCCUCCGUGAGAGCGUAUUACUUGCGCAAUUCUUCGGGCGAUCGAUGGUUGAAGGGACUGGUAAUAGCAUUUCGACACGUUCACGAAUUACACUCUCAUUUCGUGCACCACCAGUCAACUUCAACACACUCGGCCUCGCGGUUCCUUGGGAUAUCGACAGUCUUCAUACGGAGGCUUUGGAAAUUCUCUAUGAAUGUAGGAAGGGGCUAUGCACGCUGGCUUUCUUUCACUGGAUUGGCCAUCACGUUCAUCGUCACUAUCUCCGCCUUAUGGACCAACGUCAUCAACAGGGCUCUUCUAGCCAUGAUGAUCCUUUCCCACCUCGUUUCGGGCUCCAAGACCGGCUCCACCAACGUCACCUCGACUAUCGCUUCGCUCAGCAUCGCGUCGUUCUCGUGCGGCUUCAUCUCGGAUUUCUUCUUCACCGCCAUGUUCACGGACUCCACCAUCACUAUUUUAAUUUCCUACACCAUCGAGGCCGCUAUGAUACCUGCGUGCGUCCAGCAACAACCUUCCUGGACCAAUACUAACCUCUCUUCCAGCAUGUGCGACACUAUUGGAAUCAUUAUGUUUAUAUGCCGACCCGGAAUGAAUAUCUACAUCCCCUUCUUCAUGCAAAUGGGCCCUCUGUACUUCCUCUCUCUUCUCGCCUCGCUCAACUCCCGCCGGGACCUCUCGAGGCGGAUCAACGAACCAGGCUCCGACGUGCUUACCGACGACACCCUCUCUCACCCGACUUGCAACAUCCACUUCGCGUCCCCGACGACGUACGAGCUCGCCUCGGUCAAGCACGCGGGCAGCGCCUCGGAGGGCGACACCCCCGAGUUCGCCCUCGUCGGCCCUGGCGCCCGCUGCAAGGACGUGGCCGUCGGGGCGUCCGUGAGCGACCCUGACUGUAAUCGAGACGCGUGGACGAUCGGCGACGCGUCUCGUGGUCGCCACGUCGAGGCCGUGCAUGAGCGGAGGACUCUGGCUUCGGACGGGUCCCGUACGGAGAUCGGUUCACAGUGA